GCUAUGGAAGAAGUCUUACAAGAAGGAAAACAGUUCAGAUUGGUAGAUGAAUCAGAGCUUCCGGAAAUUAUAGAAUUUUUGGGCAACUAUUUACCCGAAUCCCUCAAGUUCCAUCAAACACUACGAACCUAUUUGAAGGACCGUGUCUGGGAAUUUCAUUUCUACGUCACAAAAACGUGGCCAGACCAAGCUGUGAUUUUACAUUUCCCAGGAAUGACCAAAUCGCCAAACGGAAAGCUGUACGAGAGUUUCAGCGUAUUCUGUCCUUGUGAACAACUAAAUAACCUGGAGUUGCUAACUGAAGAAGAUAUAUUGAUCGACUGGUCUCAACCGGUCUAUAUGAAUUUCACUCACGUCAAGAUUAUGAACAAACUCGAAGAUUUAUAUUCAAAUAUGGGAGUAAUGGACAAAAUGUAUGGAGACAUUUACGGUUUGGUUGAUCCAGAUACACGUUGUGAGGAGAGUGCUACUGAGACGGUGUUCGCAGAGGACGCGGAGAUGUUGCAGCUAACUCCCGAGCAUGCUCAAAUCAUUCACGAUCUCUACCCAGCCAAUCACAUGGAAUGUGUGGAGUUAUUCGAGAAACUCAUCGAAACACUGCCUUGCUACGGCAUUUUUUCUUCUUCUGGAGAACUGGCUGCCUGGAUGGUCCAGUCGUACUAUGGUGCUAUGUGUUCGAUGCAGACUAGGCCAGAAUAUAGGAGAAAGGGAUAUGGACUGAUUCUUGCUAAGUACCUGACCAAUGUGGUGAGAGAACGUGGUUACAUACCAUUCGUUGUGAUCCGUCCAGAAAACGAUCCUUCCAAAGGGUUGUACGCGAAGGUUGGCUUCAAGAAGUACUUCGAGACCGUCAGGGCCAUUCUUCGACCGCACGAGAUGUCCAGUGACGCGCAGGGCGGAGGGACAGAAGAGGACUAGGACCAUUGAUUUAUAGUACUAUUCACCUAUUUGAAUUCGAUUGCAACUGCUUCCAAGCAUAAUACAUUUCCAUUGAAAUGUGAAAUUGUAGAUUCAAAACUCAAGAAUAAAAUAUUCAAAUAAUGCAUUCGAAGUGGUAGCAGGACCUGAAAAGCCUGAUACUAACAAA